UCGAACAGAUUUGUUUGUUUUUAUUUGUUAUCUCACCAAUUUUUAUCUCGUAGGAUUACGAUUCGUAUGUUUUCACGCUAUUAAAUACUAGUUAAAUAUAUCCCUUUUCUUCUAUUUCUUUACUUCUUGAUGAAGGAUUUUUCUCUGAAUUUUCCAGGCGCAAUGAUAAAUUUACAAGCCGGCCUCAUCUGGAGUGCGCUAAUUAUAAUUUUAGUGCUCAGUCCAUUUAAUGAUGUGCAUGCUGACGAAAACAAGGAUAGAACUUUGAACAAGGACUUAAGCGACAAAGAGCAUUAUCACAAUGAGGAGCACAAUGCAGACUAUGACCACGAUGCGUUCCUGGGAGAAGAUGCCAAAACGUUUGACCAGCUUUCGCCUGAAGAAAGCAAAAAAAGAUUGGGAUUAAUUGUCGAUAAAAUUGACCAAGACAAAGAUGGAUUCGUGUCUCAAGAUGAGCUAAAGAGGUGGAUUCAGUAUACUCAACGGAGGUAUAUUACGAGCGAUGUGGAAAGCCAGUGGAAAACUCACAACCCAGAAGGAAAAGAUAAAAUCCUGUGGGAAGAAUACAAAAAAGUGGUCUAUGGUUUCAUGGAAGACAUGGAUGCUACAGAAGCUGAGAAAGAAGAUGAACGAGGAUUCUCUUACAAGAACAUGAUAAGCCGAGACAAACGAAGAUGGGGCGUAGCGGACCAGAAUGGUGAUGGGGCUCUAGACCGAGAUGAAUUCUCUGCUUUUCUGCAUCCUGAAGAAACUGGACACAUGAGAGAUAUUGUUGUGUUGGAAACAAUGGAAGAUAUCGACAAGGAUAAGGAUGGAAAAGUGUCUUUGGAAGAGUAUAUUGGUGACAUGUACAGAGGACUCGAAGAAAGUCUUGAAGAGCCAGAUUGGGUCAGAAGCGAAAAAGAGCAAUUUUCAUUGUACAGAGACAAAGAUGGAGAUGGAUUUAUGGACCAAGAAGAGGUGAAAAACUGGAUCAUCCCAUCAGAUUUUGAUCAUGCAGAGGCCGAGGCACGUCACUUGAUUUAUGAAUCGGACGCAGAUGCUGAUCAGAAGCUUACGAAAGACGAAAUUCUCUCUAAAUACGACCUGUUUGUAGGAUCUCAAGCAACUGAUUUUGGUGAAGCACUCGCCAGGCACGAUGAAUUUUGAUCUGUUACCAAGGAAAGAUUGCUGGUCUUAGCUUGAAUUGCACCAAAAAUUGAACUCAGAGUUAAAAAAUUCUUCCUAUUAAUGUAGACAAAUUUUCAGAGAACGUUUCUAGGCUACAAGGGUCGUUUUCUAACUUUAUUUUGUACUUAGUCAUUAGGUUUAAUUAGACGUGAAGGGUGUAUUAGGUAAGGGUAUUGCAUAUGAUUUCAUGUAGGCUGGAAGCCUGCUGUGACUUCCAAAUUUACAUUUUCAGUAUUCCUUCCAAUCUAAAUGUUUUACCCGAAUUUUUACUUGAGGAGAAACUCAUCUCUUUUGAAUCUCAAAAUAGAAAAAAUCAAUAGGAAAUUCACAACAUACUUUGUUAUGAGAUCUUCCAAUAGAUCUUGACACAAAGUUUGAAAGUCUGUCAUUAGAAAAUUUUGCUGAUAAUCAGCUGAUAACACUGAGGUCUUUAAUUUAUUUGCCAAAAAAUAAUUUUUAAUUGUAAUGCUCGUGCAAUAAGUGUUUUGCAACAUAAAUGGUACUUAUCAAGAAACUUUAGAUGGAUUAUGAUUUUUGCAUAAUAUUUGAUUCAUUUAAGCAUGAAUUGUUUAAAAAACACCGGCAGAUUUUGGCUCUCAGUAAAAUAAUUUAGCAUGUGCUCAUUUUUAAGGAGGAACUUUCUCUGUAUUGGAUCCUUCAAAUGAAAUUAUCAAAGUAAAAUGAUGAGCAACAAUUAGAGAGUUAGAAGUCUGAGGUAAAAAAUAUGGUUAAUUCGUCUUUUUUAAAAUUACCCAAGUUUUGUUACUCUUUAAACGUUAAAAAAUUUAAUUAUGGAAAUCGGUCACUAGAGUACGUCUUUAGCGCAAAAUCCCCAGGCACUCCAAAAACAGGGGGAAAAGGCCCUUUUUUGAUGUGUCCCUUAAAAUUAUGGGCACAGAUUUAAAUCUUCUAGAAUAGAUAUUCUUGCAUUUUUCUGUGUUUUGCAAUUGACAGUUAGAUGUGUGCUGCUUUUGAUGGAAAUGUUUUAAUAAUAUAACCGGCCAUCUAAUGAGGAAUUCAUGAUUUUGAAUUUACACUUAAUUAAUGUCUUUGUGCCAAUAUAUUUCUAAAAUGCAUGCUGGCUUUCAUUUAAACUUGUCGAAUUUAUAAGCGAUCUCUGAAAGGUUUGAGAACUUUAAAGUAUCUCAAAUUACUCUAUACCUAUGUAUUUUAUUUUUUUACUCAUCUAUUUCUUUCCCGUACAUUUAUCUUGUUAUCAACAUUUUUUUAAAAAAAAUUUUUGUUUGUAAUCGCAAUGUUUUUCUAGAUUUAGCUACCCAAAAUCUAAGAUCAUCAGAUAUUCUCGUUAUUCUAUUUUUUUAUCAAUGUAUUUUUAAUAAUCUAUUUUAUAUGUAGGCCUAAUUAUUACUUAUCAUCCUUUUCAUUAUUUGCGACCGUCCAAGGGGGACAGUUAGUCUUACAGAGGUCAAUUGUUUUGGAGAGAAAUUCUUAUCAAGUGGGUGGAAAAGUGAGAAAUCAAAUUUUCAUCAACACAUUUUCUUUCAUAUCCCAAAGAACAAGUGAUGAGUUUAGAUCAGUUUUAUGCUAUAAGAGGUCAUGUUGUGGUAUCAUGAUCCAACAAUUUCAAGUCCUGAAGAUAGAAGGCGAAAUCAUCAAGCAUCAUUUUCUCAAAUGUAUAUUUUUUUUUGUUCAAAUUACUUUAAAGCAUUAUAUAUCCAGUUUUGUUCGACAAAUUUUUAGGAGUUUCACGUUUAUUGAAGCGUUCAUAAAACCUCCUUCCAAGCGGCCGCAACAACACCUCUAUUUUGACUUUUUCCAUGGACGGUCUCAUUUCUAGAAAAGUGGUAUUCACUAUUUUUAUGCAUGAAUAUGAUCAGAGCAGUAUUUUUAACUUACGCUUACACCUUUAAUGUAAAUUUUCAGUGAUUUUUUGUAAAAAAUCUGCCCUUGGCUUUGUGUUAUUUUUGAGAUUACGCUAUUUGAGUUUGUGCAGCAUCCUCUCAGUCUUUAGCAUAUGCAUACAAAUUCUAGGAAAUUCUAUGAAAAGUUUUACUCAAUGAUUGCAAGUAGUAGUAUUUUGUUUUAACUUACACAACGACAGUUGCCUUCUGAAGCUAAAAACAAACUCUAAAAAAAUUGAUAGUGGAAAAAAUAGGGUUUAGUGAAAUGAUCUAAAAUGGACCAAUUACAAGUAAUCACUAUCAGUAAUUUCAGUCAUCCCUCCCAGCUGAGCUGCUUUCCUUCUUUCACUCACUAAGUCCUAAAAGCAAAAAUUUUUAUCCAUGUUUUGCUUCUAUUGUUGAACUCUUGAAGCUUCUUUCUUCUUCAUGAAUUCUUGAGAUAGGCUGCUACAACUUUUGAGUAUCAGGAUUCAUUAUAUCUAUCAUACUAUCAACAUUAUCGUUGGUUUUAGAGUAAAAUUUUAGCGGUGAGACGUUGUGGAUUUUUUUGAGCCUGAAGCUGAAGAUAAACUUUAAGUAUUUUACUUUGUAUUUUCUCCGUAAAAUUAAUUCUAGUGCUGUUAUGUACACAAACAGUAUUUGUUGAAGUAAGAUUUUGGAAAAUAUUCUAUUUUGUCUUGAACGCAAAUUUUUUAGAUAUCAAUUCCAAGCAGUCGAGAAAAAGAGUCAUAAUAUACAUAAUGUAAUUAUUUUGUAUGAUGAUCUUCCUUCACUGCUUUGUUAAAUCAUACGUUGAAAUUUAUUUUAUUUUUUACUUUUAGAUUUACUAGCCUGUUUUUGCAAAUGUCAAGUAUAACUUAGUAGACCUUUUUGUCAACAACGCAUGGUAAGUUUGAAAGAUCAUAGAUUUUUCCGAAUCCAGCAAGGAGGUUUAAUCUCCAUGAUUAAGGGACUCAUCCCAAAAUUGCAGUAUUUUAUCAGAGACAGUAUUAAUCUUUCAUCUGAGUAUUUUUAAAGCUAACUGCCACCAUAAACUCCUGUUUCAUUUUUUUGGGGGGGGGGGGAAUGAUACCCUCAUUUAAUUUAUAAUACUCAACAUUUUUUUGCAAGUAUUACGAAUGUUUAGAUCAUAUUUCAUCAAAUUCUGAAAAAGAACGGUGGAUUACCUAUUUUAAAGUAAGUUUUACUAAAUUAGUGGUGAUGCCAUGUUUGAUGUUUGGAAACACAUUUACUUUGCCUUUAUCUUUUACUGUGUCAACUUGCCGUUCCUCAUUUCCCAAAUGGUUUAUAUCUUAGCAUAACUUAAUGCCAUUUUUAACUACAUAUCUUGUGUUUACUUUACAUAUGGCCCCCAACUUCUCUACACAAAAAGAAUCCCCAGCAAAGGUGUUGAUAAGACAACUACUUUGUUCUUUUUUUUUUUUAAAAAAGAACGUCCUUAUGAGUUUUGUCACUAAGCUGUAUGUAUAUGUGAGCUACUUUUUAGAAAUGUAUGUUUCUUUUUAUCCUUCAUUAAUUUUUCCCUCUGAGGAAAAGGUGCUACAAAUGGGUGGUAGGAAGAAAAAGGUAGCUGUGCCAAGAUCAAUCGCACUUGUCGAAUCGUUGGAUGCAGAGAGGGAUUAACAAUUGAACCGGUUAUCUAGAAAAUUUUCUCAAGGAACACAAUUGUGCCACGAUACUCAUCGUAAUUUAACUCGAGAGCUCUUAAAAAAACUUUAAGUUGAGGCAAUAAUGGAGAAGAUCUCUUAUUGCGUAUGAAAGAGAACACCUUUACUCAAUUCAACUCGCUAUUCAUAGAUAAUGCUAAAUAAUCGAUAGAGUUCUCUUUAAGAGCUUUUUUUAAGGAGUUGAUUUCUGAGAAAACCAUCAGCAUCAUUGUGUUUGUCUUGCAAUCUUACUUAGGAAGCAAUCACUAAAUUGAAAACCCCUAGUGUUUGCAAGAACUCCAUUCACUCAGUGAUGCUUUAUUCCCUCGUACCUCCUGGGUUUUUUUGUAUAAAAGUCUACAUCUUACGGUUUUUGUCUCUUUUGUGUCAUUGAUCAUCUGUGCCUUUUCUAGAAGUGAUGAAAAAUCAUGCAUGGUUUGUGUGGCCUUGAUACGCACUUGAAUUUUACUCUUCACUAAUUGUCACCAAAUAAUGUUUGUUAAGAAAGAAUAUAGCAUUUGAUAAUUAAUAGAUCCUUUGGAAUUUCACGAAUCGCGAUCCACCUUCAAAGAGUCCCAACUGCUGACGCAGACUCGGAGUCCUCGCUACAAUAGAGGCAGCAGUGUCAUCGGUACUUCUGCAAUGCCCAACUGUCUGAUGCGUACUGUGUUGAUAAGCUUCGAGCGAAGUUAACAAAAACAUAAAACAAGACCGAAAUUUUAUCAUUAAAAAUUACAGUACUGGGGUAGACUCUGCGUGUAUGAAAAUAUUCUGAAAAAGGUCUUGGAAAUUCUUAAAAAAGUGCUGGAAUUUUCAUUGCUAGGGCUGCACGAACCAUUUUGUGAUUAAGAGGUGUUGAGUUUUGUGUCAAUCAAAUUCAAGAUCAAAGGUUUCUUGUUCUUCGCCAAGAAUUUUUUUGUUUAAAUAUUAAUGUUCACAUAAGUUUUAUAGGAUCAAAAUGUAUUUCACCCAAUACUCAGCCAAAAGCUUCCUCUAGGUGAUAUAAGAUUAUGUACUGUCUUUUCGGAUAGUGGAAUCAGAAUUAUGUGUUUAAAAUAAAGACUUCUUUUCCUUUAAAUAGUUGAAUUUUCUUAUCUGAAAGAUAAAUGCACAUAGUUUUCCACUUCUGCCAUUUUUGUGGAUGUGUAUUUAUUAUUGAAGGUUCAAUAGGCAUCAGUAGCAGAAAAACCCCACCUUCUGGCCGAAGUAUCACAAGUGCCUUUCAAGAUUAAACGCUAUGUUGUUGGACAGUUCAACAUUGUUUUUAUCUUUUCUUUUAAGCUUUGCACAUAUUUUUAUAAAAAUUUCAGAGACAGAUUUUGAUGACAAAAAAAAUAUGAAAUAUUUGUAGGUAAUUCUGUUCAUUAGUUUUUCUCUGGAAAAUUGGACAAGUUUGAAAAGUUUUGAAAAAUAAAGCCUCGGCAAAAGUUUCGCUUGUAAUACUUUGGCUGGAAGGUGACGAAAUGACUUACUCCUUUUUAAAGCUUAAGAGUUCGGGUAGAAUGUAUUUAUUCAUUUAUUCACUCUUUCUCCCUCAGCACUCAUGUAUACUUCCUCCUAAAAUGUUGAUGACCUCUUAUGUCUAGCAAGACCAAUCCACACAGGUCAGUCAUUGCGCAUCUUUUUGAAAGCCACUUCCCCGCCCGGCCCUAACUCGGCUGCACUCAAUAGUACGUCACAAUGGGUGCUCCCAUAAGAAAUACAUUGCAAGCACUCAAUAGUACGUCACUGCGCAGUAGGGUACCAAAACUCGUCCACAGGAAUGACUGACCUGUGUGGAUUGGUCUUGAUGUCUAGUUUUUAAUGGCACAAACAUCUGGAUGUCUUUCAGAGACAGCCCAAUUGACGAUUUUUCAAGCAAAAUGUAUUAGCGGGCAAAUCUAUCUCAGACCUUUAAUUUACUUAUUUUUUGUCUCCCAAAAAAUUAUUGAUUUCCAACUGCCUCUCGAGUUUCGCAUCAAAUUUUCGUUUUGGUAGGAAUAUAAUCCUCACAGAUCCU